AGCUCGGAAAAACCAGCCAAUCAGCGGCCACCGAAGGAGCCGAUUUGAAAUUGAAGCGGGCGAAGGCGGAAGCGAAGAGCAACAAUAACAAACAUAAGUAGCAAAGUUCUCGCGUUCAGACCUGUUAUUUUAUCCCAGUGGAGUAAUAUUUGCCUUUAUCUAAUUUCUUGAGCAGCAUUUGCUUUGUUUUUACACUAUUUUAGUUUCAUGCACUGUCGUAAUUUAGAAAAUCCACGGGUUUCGUUGUCGUAGUUACUUUGUUGGUUACAAUUUUAACAUCAUGUCGAUAUUUAGCAUACAGGCCAGAAAGCACACGGCGUUUUAUGACAAUUUAGUGUCGGCCUCGGUGUCCAGGACACCCGCGAGAGAGCGCCCAGCAGAGGCGACGGAAGCGAGUUUGGUCAAGAGGGACGCGUCAAGCGCAGAAUCCGCGUGUGAAGACAGCAGGUUAUCUGAUAGAAGCCGUCCGGUAAACAGGACUUACGUCAUCUCUGCGCUGUCAAAAAGCGGCGGCGGCCAGCAAACCGCUUACAGAAGCCGACUCACUUUGCAAAGAAGGUCGAGGAGGAAGACCGGGGCCGAGACGAGAGAGGACACAGUGGCCGAGAGCAGCCAGAACACCACUCCGGCUCCGCAGAAGAGGCUGACCCUGCAGCGCAGGACCAGGACUCCCUCCAUGAUGGAUAAAAGCAGCCGUGGGCAGCGUGGGGUCAGCGGCACCAACCAGCCAUCCACACCCAAAGUCCUGGGUGAACCAAACGGCAGGACACCUGCUUUAUUUAGAUCCACAAGCUUGAGAGAAACCGUCCCAAAGACAAAAGAAGCUGCGGCUCAUUUGGGGAGGUCGACGCAAACAAAGACGCCCUCUUUGAUUUCCUCCACAGCCAGGCAGCUGGAGGAGCCUGCUCAGACGUUUAAAACCCCCACCAAAAGGACUCCCUUUGAGAAAAUCGCCUCUAAGAGAGACGUUUUUGAAAAACUGGCAAACAGAGAAGCUCAAAAACUUGUGCCAGUCAAAUCUGCGAGUCUGGAAAGGCCCAGGGUGCAACAAGCUGAGGAGAUCAAACCGUUGCCAGCUCCUCGGGUCAGCAAGGCCUCCACAGGUGUGCAGGAGAGGAAGACGACCACCUCAAACUUGAAGGGAGAGGUGAUCCUGACCAGAACAUCCAGUGAAUCCACUCUUACCAGCGAGGUCCAGAGGCAGCAGGAUUCCUUUAAGAUGGAGAACAGCGCAGUGACUGUGGCUGUCCGUGUCCGUCCUUUCAGUGCCAGGGAGAAAACUGAGAAGGCCUCACAGGUCAUCUUCAUGAACGGUCAGGAGAUGAUCGUCCAGCAUCCGGAGUCCAAACAGAGCUACUCCUUCACCUAUGACUUCUCUUUCUGCUCUGUGGAUGACGGCGACCCUGCCUUCGCCAGCCAGAAGACGGUGUACCAGACGCUGGCUAAACCUCUGCUGUUCAGGGCCUUUGAAGGCUUCAACACCUGCUUGUUUGCUUAUGGACAGACAGGUUCUGGAAAAUCGUACACGAUGAUGGGCUUUGAGGAAGAGGCAGGGGUUAUCCCACGUUUCUGCCAGGAGCUUUUUAUCAAGCUGGCCUCCAUGGUGAACGAAGAGGUGAAGUGCCAUGUAGAGAUGAGUUACUUUGAAGUGUAUAAUGAGAAGAUCCAUGACCUGUUGGUAACCAGAGAGGAGCCGCACCAGAGGAGGAUGCCGCUGAGGGUGAGGGAGCACCCGGUCCACGGUCCUUAUGUUGCUGAACUCUCUGCGAAUGUGGUGAGCUCCUACACGGACAUUAAGGGCUGGCUGGAGCUCGGUAACAAGCAGAGAGCUACAGCAGCAACCGGGAUGAACGACAAGAGCUCCAGGUCUCACUCUGUCUUCACCUUAGUGAUGACGCAGACCAAGACGGAGUUUGUGGAGGGAGAGGAACACGACCACAGCAUCAUCAGCAGGAUCAACCUGGUGGACCUGGCUGGAAGCGAGCGCUGUAACUCUGCUCAGACCAGUGGAGAAAGACUCAGGGAGGGUGCUAGCAUCAACAAAUCCCUGCUAACACUUGGAAAGGUCAUCUCUGCCUUAUCAGAGCAGGCACUGACCAGGAAGAAGGUCUUCACCCCCUACAGAGAGUCGGUCCUGACUUGGCUCUUGAAGGAAAGCCUGGGUGGGAACUCCAAGACGGCCAUGAUUGCAACGGUGAGCCCGGCGGGCAGCAACGUGGAAGAGAGCCUGAGCACACUGCGCUAUGCUCAGCAGGCCCGCACCAUCAUCAACGUGGCGAAAGUCAACGAAGACACCAGCGCUAAGCUCAUCAGAGAGCUGAAGGCAGAGGUGGAGAAACUACGAGCGGCCCAGAUGAGCUCGCAGGGUGUCGAGCCACACAGAGUCAGGCUCUUCCAGCAGGAGAUCAGCACCCUGAAGAACAAACUCUCUCAGCAGGAGAGAGAGAUGGCGGAGGCCAACCGGGCAUGGAGGGAAAAACUUGAGCAAGCAGAAGUUCGUAAACAUGAGGAGACCAAAGAGCUGCAGAAAGCAGGAGUGACAUUCAAAGUGGACAACCGUCUUCCCAACCUCGUGAACCUGAACGAGGACCCUCAGCUGUCUGAGAUGCUUCUCUACAUGAUCAAAGAGGGCCGGACCACCGUUGGAAAACUCAAAGCAGGCUCCAUUCAUGACAUCCAGCUCACCGGGGCCCUCAUCGCUGACCAGCACUGCGUCAUAUCCAAUAUCCAUAACACCGUCAGCAUCACUCCUGUGGAUGAUGCAAAGACCUUUGUUAACGGGAACCUCAUCUCUGAAUCCACCGUCUUGCAUCACGGCGACCGCAUCAUCCUUGGUGGAGACCACUACUUCCGCUUUAAUCAUCCAGCAGAGGUCCAGUCUGGGAAGAGAGUGUCAUGCUGGACGAGUGCGAGCGACGGUCACAAAGACUUUGAGUUUGCCAAAAAUGAGCUCCUGGCAGCUCAGAGAGCCAAACUUGAGGCGGAGAUUGAAGAAGCUCAUUUAAAGGCAAAAGAGGAGAUGAUGCAGGGCAUUCAGAUGGCUAAAGAAGUGGCUCAGAAGGAGCUUACUAACCAAAAAACUCUUUAUGAGAACAGGAUCCAGGCUCUGGAGAGAGAACUGGAGGAGGAAAGUCAGAGGAAGCGUCUGCAGGAGGUGGACCAGCAGAAGGUGGCCACUCAAAUGAAGGAGCUUAAAGUGGCCAAGAUGGAGCUGGAAAAGGAGGUGGACACCCAAAAGAAACUCCUCCGUCUCCACAUGGAAGCACAAGCUAUGGAAGAACGUCGAGUGUGCCAAGCCAAGAUCGUCGAGGCCCUCGAGGCAGAAAAGAGGAAGAUCAGUCUGGAGCUGGAGGAGAUGCAGAAGAAAAAAGAUCUGAGGUUGAACAAAACGCCCCGAAAACCCUCUCCUCAGUGGGGUGCCAUGAAACUGUCCCUGAUGAUUGAAGAGGCCAAUAAGAUCAGUGUUAAACUGAAGAAACACACGGUCUUCAGCAGAUACGAGAGCUCAGAUCGUGAGAACCCGGAGCAGCCGGUGCUGCAGGUGCGGGUUCAGAACACAAAGCUGGGGAUCUCCACCUUCUGGAGUCUGGACAAGUUCCAGAACAACAUGGCUGCCAUGAGAGAGCUCGAGCAGGGGGAUCCCACCUCUAAAGAUGACGAUGUGUUUUACGACCCUGAUGAUGAGUGGGAGCAAGAUAUAUCAGCCUCCUCCGCCUCCUUUUCCCGUCGAAGGAGCCGGAGUCUUCUGAAAAGCAAGAGAAUCUCUGGGCGUCUUUAUGAGAUCCGGGUCCAUCCGAUCCAGAGCCUCAGCAGCUCGUCACACUCUGCUGGGUUGAUGGGUGUGGUCCAGCCUCCCUCCACCCACAGCAGCACCUCUGACCCUGCCAUGUCUGGCAUCUGCAAGGAGCUGAUUGGCCUAUCCAUGGCUCGGCUGCGCAGCGGGACAGAGGAGAGUCUGGCAGAUAGACUGAUCUCAGAUCUGAAUCAGCUAUUCGGGGCAGUCCAAAUAAUCUCUGACCUGUAUGAAAGUCUGGAUGAAGACAGUCAGGACAGCGUGUUUUCGGGUAACGUGUUGGCCCAAACCGAGCUGGUAAAGGCCACCACAGCCAUAGAGAGCGCUGUGUUUGCCACCGUGCGCUGGGCGGCCAGCAUCAAACCCUCAUCUGUGUUCUGCACCAUCACUGAAGAACUCAAGAGCCAAGUUAAGAAGAUGGGAGGAUUCUUCCAGAUGCUUAUUCAGGGUUGCGAAUCUGAGAUCACAUCCAUGGUGGUAGAAGCACGCAGGAUGAGCAGUCAGAGCCUGGAUGCUGCAGCAGCUGCUCUUGGCCACCUGGCAGUGGUGACGGGCAUGGCUUUGAACAUCACCAGGCUUGGCUCUCAGCCCACGGGCAAGAAAUCUGUGAUAUUUCCUUUGCUGAAAGGAACCAGUAAGGGUGUCGGCUCUCUCUUGGAGGAGAAUCUCACCGUCGCCAGGGAGAUGCUGAGAGAGGCUCAGCUGGCCUAUCCCAGAGCCCCAGUCCUUCAAAACCUAAAAUCCAAAGCGAUCGACAUGGCCCGUGCCCUGCAGAGCUACAUUCAUUGUCAUAUUUCGGAAAGAAAACCCGAGCUGGAGGAGGCACAGGGGGAGGAGGAGGAGGCUGCUCUCUUCCAGAGGCUGAUGGCUACAUCUACCAGAUUGUUUCAGCUGACCCAGGCAGUCCAACAGCUGCGUUCCUGUUUGUCUACAGCCCUGCGAGGUAAGGAGACUGACCUGAGCGGCUGCAGCGAGCUGAUCCCCUCUUCUGCUAAGGCUGUUGACCAUUUAAUCAUAGGUCCAUCUAAUGAUGGACCAGAGGCCCUGUCUCUGCAGCUUCCCUGUCUUCAGACCACGAUAUCUGCACGAGACGAGCUCCACGCUGCCCUGCAGUCCUUGUUCUCCUCCUCUUGGGUCCAUCAGGGGGCAGAUGAGAGCAGAAGUUCAACUGACUCAGAGAAAAGUAUAGAAAAUGACUUUUUUACCAAAGAGAGGGUUGAAACACACAGCACAGUCAGAAACCGGGUUGUGAGUAAGACUGUGUACUUCCUCUGUCCUGACGAGAAGAGCAGCGGUGGUCCACACUGGGUGUAAUGUUUCUGUCCUAAUAAAAUCUGCUUUUCUUACAAGUAAAAUAUGAUAACAGGAAAAAUGCAUGGUAUCUGACCGUAGAGGCUGGUGUAUUUCAUUCUUUCUGUUGUUUUGUUGACACAUGCAUGAGCUGAAGCUCAGAUUAUUAUUGUGUGCUAAACGGUUGAUGUUGUCUUGUAUAUUUUCAAUCUUCUACAGAAAGUUGUCUACAUGAUUUCAUUAAUUUUAACAUGUAUGACCAAUGUUUAGCAGCUUAUGCUUAGGAAAAGAAAAAAAUGGAAAACAAAUUUUUUCUGCAUGUUUUAUUUUUAUAUAAUAGUUUGUAUCUUGGAUUAAAUUUAGGAAACAUUUGUAUAUUUUAGUUUUUUUUAUAUUUAUGUAAAGAAUAUAUCACAUUUCUAUACUUUUAUAAAAAAAUGAUGUGCUGAAUUAUUAUAGCCACUUACACAAUUAGAAUUAACGCACGUGGAUUCUCAGAGGAUCAUAUGUGUCCUUUCAGGCUGUUCCUGGACCAUUCUCCAACAUUCUGGUGCCACAAACACAUACCCAAUGCUAUUUUAACUUUGAUCUCACCUGCUAAUAAAUGGGUAAUUAAACCAGCUGUUCU